GAAAUACACAACAUUUAUCUCUCUAAACUUCAUCUUCUUUCUCUCCUCUCUCAUGCUUUCUUCUUCUUCUCCAUGAACUUGAAUUAGGGUUCAUGUUACAUUUCAAUUAAUCACAUGGUAUCAGAGCGAUUAACUAGAAAUUCUAGUUCUUAAAUCGAUCAUAAGUUUCCGCAUUUCAAUUUCGAAAGAUUCUUGUUCAAAACUGGAAAUUCUUCAAACCUUGAAAAAUAACAACAAUGGCGAUUGAUGAAAGCUAAAGUAAUCGUGUGCCUUCAACAGUACCAAAUGUUGGUUUAUCUGGAGUGGAUCGAGCAGUGAAAAUCGAUUAUAAUCAUCCUCUUUAUCUUACACUUGCGGAUCAAAAUGGUAUUCAGGUUAUCUCAUUUCAAUUGACUGCAAUUGAAAACUAUGCAAUGUGGAAUCGAUUAAUGUGAUUGGCAUUAUUAGGAAGGAACAAGUUAGGUCUAAUUGAUGGAACAAGGAACAUUUCUCAGAAUAUCUGUGGAAUUGAUGGGAAAGAUUAAACGUAAUUGUUCUUUCUUGGGUAAUGAGUGUUGUUGUGAAGGGCUUAUUAGGAGGCAUAGUGUAUACAACAAGUGCACAAGUUGUAUGGGAAGAAUUGGCCGAAAGAUUCAACAAAGUUGAUGGAUCAAGAACAUUCAACGUGCACAGGGAAAUAGCAACUCUGACUCAAGGGACAUCAUCUGUUUCAACUUACUUUUCAUGACUUUCAGAUUUAUGGCAGGAGUUUGAGGCCUUGAUCCUAACUUCUAAGUGUAACUGUGAGAAGUCUAGGGAAUUUUCUAUCCAUUUACAAAAUUUGAAACUAUUUCAAUUCUUGAUGGGGUUGAAUGAAUCUUAUAACCAAGCAAGGAGUCAACUGUUGUUAAUGAGUCAUAUGCCUUCACUUAACCAAGCAUAUGCUAUGAUCCUAAGUGAUGAAGGAGAAAAGGCAAUUGCAACAAAUUCUGGUGUGUUAGGUGUUAAUCGUGCCUCUGUGGGAAAUAUGGAUAUGGUUAUGUAUACUAGAAAUGGUGGAAAUGGUCAGAAGUUCAAGGAACCAUCCGGUAACACUAACAACACUUACAAUAAUGGACUAUACUGUGAUUUUUGUAAAAUGAGGAACCAUAAUAGACUUGACUACUGGAAAUUGCAUUGUUAUCCUCAAGAAACUAAACAAUCAGAUGCUAGAUCAAAAAAGAGACCAUACAACACCAUGAAUGAUUCAAACAACAAGUACAAGCAGUACCAUCAGUCUGGGAAUUCUACUGCUUAUAAUGUGAUGACAGUUGAGAGUGAUGGUCAGUCUGCUGCAGUUACUAAUCCUAUGCAGUUUCAAAAUACUAGUCUCUCAAGUGGUCAAAUUGGAGUAAUGGAGUCUGGCAUAAGCCAAAACAUGCAUAUGGGAGCUUAUCCUUUCUCAAGGCAACAAUAUGAUCAAAUUAUGGGAUUGCUGAACAACAAUACUCCAUCAGACAUAGCUUUUUCUACAACUGCAGCAGGAUGUAUACAAUGGCGAGGUGAAGGAGAUUGAUAGAGAGAUGAAAGGGCUCUACAUACAAGAAUAAAAUGAUUGCACUGAUUGCAGAUGGAUCAUGAGUCAUUAGCUAGAUAGAUGUGCAACUGUGGCAUAGAAGACUAGGACAUAUGUCAACUACAUGUUUACAUAAAGUUUUUCCAUUAAGAAUUGAUGAUAUUGCUGAAACUGUCAAAGGAUGUACGAUAUGUCCUUGUGCUAAGCAAGCUAGACAGUUUUUCCAACUAGCUUUAUUAAGACUUGUGUUGCAUUUGAGUUGGUUCAUAUGGAUAUAUGGGGUCCCUACAAAACUACUACUUUUGAUGGUAAUAAGUACUUCUUAAUGGUUGUGGAUGAUUUUACUAGAAUGACUUGGGUGUUUUUACUCAAAUUGAAGUCUGAUGUAUGUGUGGUGUUGCAAUACUUCCUCAACUAUGUGAAACUCAGUUUGACAAAAAUGUGAAAAUAGUUAGAUCAUAUAAUGGUACAGAGUUUGUCAACUCAGUCUGUAGACAACUAUUUUAAUCUUUUGGUAUCAUUCACUAAAUAAGUUGUGCUUACACCCUUUAGCAGAAUGGUGUUGCUGAGAGGAAGCAUCGACACAUUUUAGACGUAACCAGGGCAAUCAGGUUUCAGGGCAAAAUACCUCUAAAAUUAUGGGGAUUGUGUGUUCAAACUGUUGUUUAUCUGAUAAAUAGAAUGCCAAGUGUGAUACUACAAAACAUGUCAGCUUAUGAAAAGUUGUACCUCAAAAAACCAAAUAUUGCACAUUUAAGGGUUAUAUAAUGCCUAUGUUAUGCUAAUAAUUUACAAGAACAUGAUAGACUCAAGUCCAGGUCAAGAAUAGCAAUACAUAUAGGAUACUCAUCCACUCAAAAGGGAUACAUUUUAUUUGAUAUGGAGUCAAAAAUACUAUUUGUAAGCAGAGAUGUUCAAUUUAGUAAAGAUACUUUCCCUUUCACAAA